UGGAAAAUGUGUCUUAAUUUUUAGUACAGGAACGUAUGGAAACUAAACUUUAAACCGUUUUUCUCGAGUUUUAGAUUUUUUGUAUUAGGACACUCUUCCAGCAAAAGAGCGAUAUUUAAUUACGUAUACACUUAGGACUGGAAGUUAACAUUUGAUUCCAUGCUUUUAAUGUAUUUUAUUCGUUUCAGCUACAAUGUUUCAAACAUCUCCGGAACAAUCAUCGCAACAUCUUGCCGAGAUUUAUAAAGAAUUUCUAUUGCAACGCGAAGACUGUUUACGUACUUUAAGGGUAUUUUUACGUGAAUUGGUUCGUGUGCUUCGUUAUGAUAUGAACAUUGUAAGAUUCUGUAAAGCGUUUAUGAAUGAACGAAUUGAUUUGAUAGAACAAGUUGAACGCUCCGAAUUCAGAGAUAGAAUAUUUCAUUCAAUGGUGGAUAUAAUAUGCCUUUGCAUGCUAUUAUCUGUUUCACCACAGAUACGUGAAGCAUGCAUUGUAUUACGUUCCAACAAGGAAAUGAAACAUAAUCCGCUUUUACUGAAUUUUUAUUCACAAAUGUCUCAAAUCCAAUUGGAAGCCAUUUCUUGGAUGUAUGAAACAGUUCCAAAUCUUUUCAAAAUUCAAACUUUGGAAUAUAGCCAAGCUCUACACAAAAUAUUACUCUUGGACAGUCCUGAGCAGUAUUCAAGAUGCGAUCAGUGGCCUUCUGAACCAGAGCGGGCAGCGCUUUUAAGAAUUGCCUCCGAAACACCAGUGCUGGAAGAUACGCUUUUACGAAUUAUACUUAUCGGUAUAACUAAAGAUAUACCUUUAACUAUUCCUGAAACGAUAGAUGUGAUAAUGAUGGUUAUUAAAAGAGCAUCAACAAUGAGAAUUCCGAAUUUUCCCGCAGUGCAAGCCAACAAAUAUGAUGUUAUAGACUUUUUAUUCAAUAUGGUAGAAUAUCACUAUCCGGAAAAUAUAAGUUUACCAUUAGGUUAUGCUCCUCCAAAGCUUGCUAUCACAGUUUUAUAUUGGAAGGCAUGGAUCAUAAUGCUUAUGAUUUCCGCCCAUAACCCAUCGACCUUCGGAGCGUUUUGUUGGAAGCAUUAUCCCACGAUGAAACUUUUGAUUGAAAUGUGUAUUACUAAUCAAUUUGCCGAGCAGCAUGCAGGAAAAGAAGAAUUACAGGUACAAGAUUUUAGAAUAUAAAACUUGAUUAUUUCUUUUGUGAUUAAAUCAGAGUCAGCCAGCAUUGAGU